GUGCUCUCGAACGGCUAGAUGUUCUUUACCAUUCGGCCAUCACUGCACAUCACUGCACUCUAUACUCCUCUGUAAACUGAUCAUCUCUGUAUACCCGUCACAAGACCCAUAAAACCCUCUUAGGCCUCACUCCCCCCUAUCUGAGAUAUCUUCUAUUGCCAGUCACAUUCUGUUAAAGGUUCCCAAAGCACACACAUCCCUGGGUGACUCCUCUUUUCAGUUCACUGCAGCUAGCGACUGGAUCGAGCUGCAACGAACACUCAAACUAGACAGUUUUAUCUCAAUCUCUUCAUUCAAAGACUCAAUCAUGGACACUCUUUUUUUAUUUUUUUUAUUUUUUUAUUUUUUAUCCCAUUUUCUCCCCAAUUUUCGUGGUAUCCAAUCGCUAGUAAUUACUACCUUGUCUCAUCGCUACAACUCCCGUACGGGCUCGGGAGAGACGAAGGUCGAAAGCCAUGCGUCCUCCGAAGCACAACCCAACCAGCCGUACUGCUUCUUAACACAGCGCGCCUCCAACCCGGAAGCCAGCCGCACCAAUGUGUCGGAGGAAACACCGUGUACCUGGCCCCCUUGGUUGGCGUGCACUGCUCCCGGCCCGCCACAGGAGUCGCUGGAGCGCGAUGAGACAAGGAUAAGGAUAUCCCUACCGGCCAAACCCUCCCUACCACGGACAACGCUAUGCCAAUUGUGCGUCGCCCCACGGACCUCCCGGUCGCGGCCGGCUGCGACAGAGCCUGGGCGCGAACCCAGAGACUCUGGUGGCGCAGUUAGCACUGCGAUGCAGUGCCCUAGACCACUGCGCCACCCGGGAGGCCCCAAUCAUGGACACUCUUACUGACAGUUGUGACUGCUUUGCGUGAUGUAUUGUUGUCUCUACCUUCUUGCCCUUUGUGCUGUUGUCUGUGCCCAGUAAUGGUUGUACCAUGUUUUGUGUUGCUACCAUGCUGUUGUUAUGUUGUGUUACUACCAUGCUGUGUUGUCUUGUGUUCCUGCCUUGUUAUGUUGUCAUAGGUCUCUCUUUAUGUAGUGUUGUGUUGUCUCUUGUCGUGAUAUGUGUUUUGUCCUAUGUGUGUGUGUAUUUAAAAAAAAUCCCAGCCCCCGUCCCCGCAGAAGGCCUUUUUGGUAGGCCUACUUGCCUAGUUAAAUAAAGGUUGCAUAAAUAAAAUAAAAAUCAGAGGGUACCCUAUCCAACUCCUAGGCCUUUGUGGAUGACCCGACCCUCAUAGAAUCAAGACACCUUCCUCCAUUAUACAUCUCCGGCCACACACUUGAGGUUGUGUCCAGCACCAAAGUGCUUGGUGUUACACUCCAAGCUAACCUAAAAUGGGACAUACACAUCUCCGACAUUACCACAAAAGGAAACCGAAGGCUCUUCAUGAAGAACCAUCAUCGCCACUUCAAUCUUCGUCCCAGAAGACCUUCUGACAUUCUACACCUGCUUUGUCCAUCUAGUGCUAGAGUACGCCGCUCCAGUAUGGCACCCAGGUCUCACAGCCCACCAACACAACCAACUUGAGAACAUCCAACGACAUUCAAACAAAAUCAUCAUGGGCACCAUACACCUCCUGCAUGCAAUGACCUGGGCUUGGAGUCGGGUCGCACCCAUCUCUGCAGAUCCUUUGCCCAGAAUCUUGCAAAAUCCCAGGAUUACAACAAAUGGCUACCUCAGAAGAAAGGCCAAUUCAGUGGCAGAUCUACCCGAUCCAAUCACAAUCUGAACCUUCCCCCUACUCAGAUUGACAGAUAUUACAACAUCCCUAUGCCUUUGUGAGACUGCUUAGUGCUGCUUAACUGUAAUAUUGUACUGUAUAUUGCAUAUCAUAUUUUUUUAUUUACUUACUUACAUAGGCGUAUGUAUGCUGCAAUUCAGCUUUUAGCUGACAAUGUGUACAAUUCAAAAAUAAACCUUCAAUAAAAUAUAUAACCAUGAAUUAUCAUUUGGAUGUCGCUGUAGGAGAACCUUUUUUGGUUCCUAGACCUUUCUACCUGGAACCAACCUUUCUACCUGGAACCAAAAAGGGUUCUCCUAAAGGGGUACCACUGGUCAAAGAAUCCUUAGUAGUUUUAGGUAGGUAGCCCCUAUUUUACAAAAGUGGUAGGCUUUCUUGGAUUCAUUUUCCAAUGUCUUCCAUGCAGGACCCCAGGCGAGAAGAGAAUGGUUGCAUUCGGAAAGAUACUCCCAGUAGUUGGUGAGUUUGGAGCGUUUCAAAAUCGCCUGUUGUUGGCAAUAUCGAUACCCAACAUAUUCAUGGCCUUUCACAUGUUCAGCCAAGUUUUCACAGGUAUGAAUUUUCCUCACCACUGCAACACCGACUGGAUACUCGCCCGUGGACCCAAACUGACCUAUGACCAACAGAAAAAUCUCACACUUCCAAUGAAUGAUGUUGGGGAAUAUGAGAGCUGUCGUAUGUUCACACCGGUGGACUUGGACUUGGAAACAAUUCAAGAGCAAGGAAUCAACAGCACCAUAUAUUGUACAGAUGGGUGGGUUUACGACACCCCCCAAGGAAACCCCACUCUGGUGACAGAGUUUAACCUGGUGUGUGACAACAAAGGUGUGAGUGACGCAUCACAGUCCAUCUACAUGACCGGCCUCCUAAUAGGGUCCCUGGUGUUUGGACCUAUGGCAGACAGGUUUGGUCGUCGCUUCGCCAUCCUCGUUUCCCUGCUCUUCCAAUUGCUGUUUGGAGUGGCCGCUGCCUUUUCCCCCAACAUCUAUGUCUACAUUAGCCUUCGGUUCGUGGUCGGCAUGACAAUAUCAGGCAUUGCCAUGAACACAUUUGUGCUAGGGGCUGAGUGGACCAGUACAUCUAAGCGGGCCCUCUUCACCAUCAUUUCACAAUGUUUCUAUGCCGUGGGGCUGAUGUUGCUGCCGUGGAUCGCCUACGGGGUCCGCAACUGGAGGGCCCUGCAGCUGGUGCUUUCCAGCCCCGUCCUCCUACUGGCUGUCUACUUCUGGAUUCUCCCAGAGUCGGCCCGUUGGCUACUAACUCAAGGCAGGCAGAAUGAGGCCAGGCAGGAGCUCCAGAGGGCAGCUGCGGUCAACAGGAGAGAGGUCCCCCAGUCAUUACUCGAUAUGCUGGAGGCUGAGAACACGUCUACAACGGGCAGUAUGAUGGAUCUCUUCAAGAUACCCAACCUGAGGAAACGUGCUCUCACCAUGAGCUACAUCUGGUUUGUGACCAGCCUGGUCUACUUCGGCGUGAGUCUUAACGUGGGCCAUUUUGGCCUGGACAUCUACCUGACCCAGUUCAUCUUUGGCCUGGCAGAGAUUCUUUCUCGCCUGGGCUGCUACACCCUCCUGGAGCGCCUGGGCAGGAGGCUCUGUCAGGCAGGCACUCUCUUCUUUGGUGGAGCAGCUUGUCUCCUAAUUCUUGCUAUUCCUGAAGACCUUCCAGUAUUGGUGACAGUCAUUGCAGUGACUGGAAAGUUUGCUAUAGCAGCCUCCUUCACUAUUGUCUAUGUAUAUACUGCUGAGCUCUAUCCCACCGUUGUAAGACAGAAUGGUGUGGGUCUGAACUCCAUGUGUGCCCGUGGGGCGGGCAUCCUGGCCCCUCUGAUGCAUCUGCUAGAGGUGUACCACCAGGCCCUGCCCAUGCUCAUCUGUGGCCUCCUGCCCUUCAUCGGCGGGGGGCUGUGCUUUCUACUGCCAGAGACCCUCAACACUGAGCUCCAAGACUACAUAGACCCACUCGUGGAGAAGACAAUAACAUCAGAGAGCGGGACUAUUGAAAACGGACUUGAUGAGGAGGAGAAACCAACUGAAUUGAGGAGCUCAAAAUUCUGAUCACUGUCUGGUCCAUACUCUCUGGAGGUGUGAGUUAGAUAUUACUCUAAAAUAUCUCUUAUUUUUUGUAAAUGAUACCACCCAUUUGGGACUAAUUAUUUGUUUAAAUGAAUGAAUAAUACAAAAUGAUUGAUGUUGUGUAUAAAAUAAAAUGGACCUAUCACAAUAUUAA